AUGACCCUGCACUUCCUGGGCCACCUCUUCCCAGCCUCCCGUCCCCACUGUCUGCUCUAUAUAAACCCCGGGGCUGAGACAGAGCCACCAGCCCCAGCUCCUGGAUGUGCACCAAUGAUGCUGCUCCUGCUCCUGUUCCCCAUGGCCUUUGUCCCGCUUCACACUGCUCAGGUCAUCGGGGGCCGGGAAGCCCCGCUUGGCUCCAGACCCUACAUGGCCUAUGUACAAAUAGGGUCAAAGGGAAGCUGCGGAGGGUUCCUGAUCCGGGAGGACGUGGUGGUGACGGCGGCUCAUUGUAACUGCAACCUGGGCAACAUCUAUGUCUACCUGGGAGUCCAAGACUUCAUGAAGCCAGGACAGAGCUGGCAACGGAUCCGGGCCCGUCGCUGGAUCCAGCACCCUGACUUCAGCAAUGAGAACUUUGAUAAUGACAUCAUGCUGCUGAAGCUAUGGCACAGCGCGGAGCUGACCAAGUGGGUGAUGCCCAUCCCCCUGCCGGAGGCCGAUCACCACGUCAGCCCAGGCUCCGAGUGCAGCGUGGCCGGGUGGGGUCGGACCGGAGUGAACACCACCUCCGACAGGCUGCAGGAGGCGGAGCAGGAGGUGGUGUCGGACAGCGUGUGCGGAGAGUGGUACCGGCAUUACGACCCCACCACCAUGCUGUGUGCCGGCAGCCCCCACGCCAAGAAAUCAGCCUUCCAGGGUGAUUCCGGUGGGCCGUUGGUGUGCGACGGGGUGGUCCAGGGCAUCAUUUCCAAUGGAGAUCCGGAUGGGCGACCCCCCAGCAUAUACACAAGAAUCUCCAAAUUCAUCCCCUGGAUCAACAAAACUCUGCAGAAACUGAGUUAAAGGAGACGCUCCCCUUUAAAGGGCCAAUUUCACCAUAAUGGGCAAUGUGCCUGAGUGGAACCCUGAGGUGCUUUAGAUCAGAGUAUUUGUUUCUAGUGUUAGAGAAAUGCUGCGAGUGGCUCAGUCCUGAAAUCCUUUUGUAGCUAGAAAUACCCCAUCAAUGUCUGAAAUUUUGUUAUAUUGUCUCCCCAAGUGUCGAGUCAAUGUUUGGGACCCUAUAUGUGUUCCGGUUGGGAGCAGAAAUUGACAAUGGAGUCUGGUAUUUCCUCUGAUGUGAUCUAGUUUAUUUACAAGGAAUAUCCAAAGUCCCGUUUCCCUGAACACAGCUGGAAUCAAACAGCAGCAGACAGCUUCUCUAUUCACUGUACAGAGCCUGCCUCUGAAGCCAAGACUCUGUGCCCAAAUGGUUCUUCUCUUAGCUUUUUCUCAGAGCCACAUUCCUGUGCUUCCAGGCUAUGUCUGCCUGGCUUUUUACUUUGCGUCUGACUCGCUCCUGUCCCCGGAUCUCUGUGUUUAUGUUGUGUCUGUCCGAUCCACAUGUCCCAUUACCCCAGAACAAAAUUCGGUGACAACCUUUCCUCCUGAGUCAUUCGAAUUCCCACGUGUGCACAGCUAAGGGGAUUCUGGAGCAAGGGUUGUAUUUUCUCUGCUGAAUUGUAUAGGACCUCUACAAAUGCUGAUCAUUUGUACACCUAAUCCAUUCCUCAAGGGUUUUCCACCAUCAAAAUUCCGAGCUGCAGCGUGCCCUUGGCUGGAUUAAAAACGUUCUUUCACCCAACCAGAGAGCAGGAACGGGGCCAUGUGACUUUGGUGGCCAACCUAUGACCAUGAAGAGUGGGUAGUCGAAUUAAACAGCCCAUGACAAUAGCACAUUGAAAUGGUUGUGUGAAAUUUCUGUGAUUUUGUUUCACACAUUUUGAGCUGGACCCAACUUCUGUUUGUUUUCAGCAUUUUUUUUUCUUUUUUCCUCUCCCCACCCCACAAGUAUUUAAUUAUUUAUUAUUUAUUAUUGUGAUACUGACGGGAGGUUGGAAAAACCCAAAGGAAGGGAACCCAGAAAGCAUCGCUGAGAUACACUGGGGCAAAAGAAAGAAUUGUCUAUUUCCAAAUAUUUGGAAAAUAUUGAAAACGGACGCUUGUUUGAAAAACAA